AUGUCUCAUGGCACGGCGGAAUCAGGCGCUGGAAACCGCACGCAGAUCAAGAGCAGCAAAGUCAAUGAACUUCCUUUCCGACGUGUCCAAUCAGCUCACAGUACCGUGACCUUGACCUAUGACAAUCAGGAAGUCAAAGACGGUCACAGUCAGAGUGUGUUUGCCUGGCUCAGGGUACGUGCCCGCUUACCAGAACAAAACAAGAAGCCACUGACCAGUCUUGAGAGCGUUGACCAGUCCAGCCUUCUCCACCAGCUGUUUGAGAGUGGAGGCUUUAGAGAUUCCCGCCAGAGUGUCCACGAUAUCGGCGCCCAGGCACGGGCCCGCCAGGAGAAGGGCGAAGGCACGUACACUCUGUUCGCCCCAACCAACGACGCCUUCGCCAAGGUCCCACAAGACGUGCUCUCAGACCUGCUCACAGACACCAACAAACUCGCCGACGUGCUCAAAUAUCACGUGGUAGGAGGAAACGUGCAGAGCAAGGACAUCCGUAAUGAGGAACUGGCGGCAACUCUCAAGGGAGAGAAGAUCCGACUCAAUGUCUAUACUCAUAACAAUCUCAUUUCGGCGAACGGCGCGAAGAUCAGCCAGGCUGACGUCCAGGCAGACAAUGGCGUGAUCCAUUUCGUCGAUGACGUCCUCAUGCCCACCUCCAAGACCAUCGUGGACCUGGUGGCCGGAGACCCCGAGUUGUCUACCCUUCUGUCUGUGGUCCAGGCAGCUGGCAUCGCUAACGAGUUCCUGGCUGAUCCCCUGACACUGUUCGCCCCCACAAACGCUGCCUUCGACCGACUGUCCAAGUCUGACCUGGACAAGCUGAAGGGAUCUCCUGACCGACUCAAAGGUAACGAUAGGGGCUCUCGUGGUCUAGACAGACUCAAAGGCAGCGGUGUGACCAUCAACAACGGCAAAGUGAUCGCCGCCGACCUCAAGGCUACCAACGGCGUCGUCCACAAGAUUGAUCACGUGCUCAUCCCAAUCAGAGUCGGCUUCUGGCUCAGGACUAACAUCGGCAAAUAA